GGCUAUAUGGCAUUGGUUGGGGCCGGCCCCGUGAACGACGGCAUUGGAGCGGAUCUUGGAGGUGUAUUACUCCACCCCCUAGCCCACAACGUGGUCACCUAUCAGGUUGCAGAUGUAACUGGUCCAUCAGUACUCCCGGCCAGCUGGCAGGAUGAGCUCACCUCUGGCCCAGCCAUGCGCACUGCAGGAGCUGUGCUGGGCAGUGCUGCUGGACCAGGCACCCCUGGACAGCUACGUGUGUGGCGCCGCCUGUUACCAGCUGCCGCCGCCGCGGCUGCUGCACCUCUGCCGCACCGUGCUGGACGUGGUGCGUGCCAAGAAUAGCGUCUUCUACAACUGUCAGACGAUGCGCCACCUGAGUACUGAGAUCAGGCACAUGGCACAGCAGAAGGCGCGCGAGAACGAGGCGAUCCUGGCGGCGUUCCUGCGCCACUGGCCGCAGGAGACGCUGCACCUGGAGCAGCUGCAGGGCCUGGAACAACUGGCCUUCCUACAGGAUGGCCACCCAGAGCGUGACACGUGGACGCUGAUGCAGAUGGAGCAGUGUGACCUCUUCGUGCACCGAUACGCCGGCAAGCGCGUGCUGGAAAACAAGAAGCAGGUGCUGAGUGCAGCGUGCAGCCUGCUGCGCACCUUCCUCAAGCUGCUGGAGGAGGGCGACAGGCGCCGGCUGCGCCAUCUCGACAUCAGCACGCGUUUGCUCAGCUGGGUCGAACUCUUCGCCGUGGCGGGAAUGGUGCGCGACGCGGCCGCCGCCGCCGCUGGUGACGCCACCGUCAGCCUGGGCCUCCGCAUGGACCUGUCGGAGACCCGGCGCAUGUACGCCCGCCGCCUGCUCAAAGCCGGCCUGGGCGGUCCGGCCGGCGCGGCGCGCGUCUGCCUGCGCCGUGUCAGCAUCGUGUCCACCGCGCAGGACCUGUCGGAGCAUCGGCUGAACCUGCAGCUGGCCGGCCAGCUGCUGGGCGCUGUGGACGCGACGGCCGUCGUCAGCCUCAGCGUGGAGGUGGACGGUCACGUGCCGGUGGCCUGGCUGGCGGCACUCAUCCGCCGCCUGCCGGCGCUCGCCGAACUAAAGCUUCUGCUUCCGGCCGGCGCCGAGCCUGACGACUGGCCGGCGCUACUGGAGCUGCUCUCGGAGCGUCGCGCGCUGCGCCGGCUGGAGCUGCGCUGCGCUCUGCGCUGCCGCCUGGGUCGGCUGUUGGCCGAGCUGGUCGGGCCACUGACGGCGCUCUGUCUGCCCGGGUGCACGCUGGCCGUCGCCGACCUAGAGGCGCUAGCGCUCUGGCCGCAUCUCUGCCAGCUGGAGGAGCUCGACUUGUCGGACAGCGUGGACGCUAGCGAACUGCGCCUGCAGGACUCCGCUGUCCAGCAUCUCUGCGUCCUCCUGGCGCAGUGCGAGCAGCUGCGCGUGCUCGUGCUGGACGGCUGCCGCGUGAAGGCCGAUCAGCUGCCACAGCUGCUGCGCACGGUGCGCACGCGCGCGAGUCUCGAGCGGCUCUCGUUCGCCGGCUGCCCUGACCCGGAGCGGCCGGACGAGCUGCUGCGGCUGGUGGCAGACGUGGUGUCGCUGCCGCGGCUGCGGCUGCUCACGCUCUCCGGCUUCUGCAAGGAGCAGAUCGCCGAGCUACGCGAGGAGAUGGCCUUCUGGCGCGGCGUGAGCGGCUCCGACGCCGCGCCGCUCGUGGAGCUGCGUCAACGGCGGCGCGGCACCCACUGGGAGACCAGCCUCGCCGACACUCUCUGAGCAGAACGCUGGGCACGCACGAUCUGGGACAGAUUGAACCGCCCC